AUGGCCGACGAGAAAAACAUCGUAAAGCUCCACAUCCCGCGGCUCCGCGUCCCAUCGCAUACGCUCAAUGAAGCGUCUUAUAACAGCAUGCCCAAUGUCAGCCAGAGAACCGUGUCGUCAUCGACAUCGCUAUUGAGCACGCCCAGCAACAACAUUCGCAGGGUGCAGCAGCAGAUGAACGCCCAGGCCAGGCCGUCGAUGGCUAGGCUUUCGCGUGCCAAGGCACCCGACGUGUGUUUCGCGGGCGUGUCGUCCACGGCCACGGCUUCCAAAAAGCUCUUGAACCUACAGCAACUGCGGAGAGCCCAGACCAACCCGCGCCCGUUUGUGUUACGCAAGCCUGCCACGAUGGCGAAAUACGACUACUCUGCGUUUGUCGACUGCCACACCAACUCCGAGACUGGCGACGUCAACAUCCCUCCUCUAGUGAAGGACUCACAGGUGCGCGCAUGGAAAUCUGCCGAGAAGAUCAGUGCGGAGAUCAUUUUCGAAAACGGCUCAUCCUCCUCGUCGCCAAACGACACAACAGAUGUUCUCGACGAGGGUGACGGAAACAGCUUGAAUGAGGACGCCCGUGCCAGCGUGGAAGGCUGUGACACGGAUGAGGCGCCAAGCGCGUCGGUCCUCUUGGAAUCUAUCCCCCAAUACACCAAAGGCGAGCUCAAAGUCAUACUUAAGAACUACCGCAAGCUCCAGAACUGUGCGUCGCCGCCAAGCUACUACGAAUUGGAAGAUACGGAGAAAAAAGAAUUGUGGCUAUACCGCCAGCAUCAAAGUGUUACGCAGGAGCGGGCCUUCACUGCAAACCAUACUUUGCUAGGUAAGCGCAAAGUUCAGGUCUUCCACAAAAAAGAAUUUCUUCACAAGCUCUUCGGAUACUCCAACAACAUCAAUCAAGAAUGCACUACUAAUAAUACGUCGUAUUCCGCAUCUGACAAUGCAUUCAAUGCCCAAAAGGCGUUUCACGAGGACAAAGAGGAGAUAUUGGGGCUUUUGGCUGAGGACAAGGCUUUUGAAGAGGAAUUGAAAACGGCGAAGGAGCAUUUGCUGGCCUUGGUUUCGAAGCCGGGCAACGGGCCGGACGCUCAGAACAAAGUCUUUGAUCAGCCCAUGGACACUCUGGACUUACUCGACUUGACAAAUUCUUGGCUAACAUCUUCUUACGAGAAACAAUCUGGUCAUUGUGACAGUGAAGAAGCGUCUGAAUGCGAGCCUGACCAGCAUCCGGAGGUGAUUGCGUACACCAUGGGCCUCUUGAAGCGGCGGGUGAGAGACGCUUUCGAUGAUCAUGUUGACAUGCCUGCUUACUAA